UUUCACUCGCCCACAUGCUCACACGUGCCGCGUCCUUAUUCUUCUUGACUCCACCAACCCAGCCAACCUCCCCUUUCGCUCCACCAACCACUCCCAUACAGCGGGACAAGAAGAAAUUGGUUCCUCAUCGUGUCUACCACCACGUCAUCCCUGAACCUAACCAAACAAAAUUCACGACAACUCACCAAACAGCUGUCUUGGCCAAUAGGAAGCUAGAACCAUUUCCGGUCUAUUAGGCCGGGUUCAGGCAAAGAAGCUCCCCGAGGGAGCUGGGAGAGCCCGAAAACCGUGCAUGCACCGGGCCUAUACACCAAAAUCUCCAAAACGAAGGUCCUCUUUGGGAUUUGCGGGGAGUGAGCUUUGCGUGUAUGAUUAAAAGAAUAGCCUGAUCUACUGAUUCAAAUUAAUAACAAUGUUUAAACCAAUCUAAAGUUCUUAUAAUUUUUUAAAAUUUGUAUAUUUGAGUUUUGAGACAGGAUUUAUACGCCGGGUGCAUGCGAUAAUUUCUCGACCAAAAGGCGGCCCAUUCGUCUCUGCUCUCGUCGCCCAUUGACGGACCUCUCGAGGUCACAACUCACACAGCCUCCCUCUUCCGCCCUCCUAUAAAUCAAAGCUCUCUUUCUCUCUCUCGAUCUCGCGAUCGCGAUCAUCUCUCUCCCCCUCCAAUGGCGCUCUCUCAAUCCAAUCUCCUCCCAAACCCCUUCCUCUCCUCCAAACCCCGAUGCCGAACCCCCUUCGCAUCGUCUCCCUCGUCCCUCCCAUCUCUCUCGCGCCCUAGACACGUCCCCGCCGCGAUUCGGAGCUCCCUCGCCUCCGCCGCGGCGCCCUCGGCGGCCGCCGUGGCCGUGAAGGAGUUCGCCGUCAAGUCCGUGAAGGCGCGGCAGAUCAUCGACAGCCGCGGGAACCCCACGGUCGAGGUCGACCUCGUCACCGACCAGCUCUACCGCUCCGCCGUCCCCAGCGGGGCCUCGACGGGGAUCUACGAGGCCCUCGAGCUUAGAGACGGCGACAAGAAGGUGUACGGCGGGAAAGGGGUGCUCAAUGCUGUGAGGAACAUCAACGAGGUUUUGGCCCCCAGGCUCAUCGGCGUCGAUGUUAGGAACCAGGCUGAAGUUGAUUCGAUCAUGCUAGAUAUUGAUGGAACUCCAAACAAAUCAAAACUGGGUGCUAACGCAAUCCUUGGAGUUUCUCUAAGUUUAUGCAGAGCUGGUGCGGGGGCCAAAGGAGUUCCUCUCUAUAAGCAUAUACAGGAUAUAGCUGGUGUGAAGGAACUCGUCAUGCCCGUUCCUGCUUUUAACGUGAUAAAUGGGGGUAGCCAUGCUGGCAACAAUCUGGCAAUGCAAGAGUUCAUGAUAUUGCCAGUAGGCGCAACUUCUUUUGCCGAGGCUCUUCGUAUGGGCUGUGAGGUUUACCAUAUCCUCAAGGGCAUUAUUAAGGCUAAAUACGGGCAAGAUGCAUGCAAUGUUGGAGAUGAAGGUGGCUUUGCUCCCAAUGUUCAGGACAACAGAGAGGGUCUUGUCUUGCUUAUAGAUGCUAUUGAAAGGGCUGGUUACACUGGAAAGAUUAAAAUAGGAAUGGAUGUUGCUGCUUCAGAGUUCUUCACAAAGGAUGGGAGAUACGAUCUGAAUUUCAAGAAGCAGCCGAAUGAUGGAGCUCAUGUUCUCACUGCUCAGAGCCUCUGCGAACUGUAUAAGGAGUUUGUCAGAGACUUCCCUAUCGUGUCCAUCGAGGACCCUUUUGACCAAGAUGAUUGGAGUUCGUGGGCGUCACUUCAGUCUUCUGUUGAUAUCCAACUUGUCGGCGAUGAUUUGUUGGUCACCAAUCCCAAAAGAAUAGCCGAGGCAAUUGGGAAGAAGGCUUGUAAUGCUCUGCUUCUAAAAGUUAACCAGAUUGGCACUGUCACUGAAUCCAUCAAAGCAGCUCUUGACUCAAAAGCUGCUGGCUGGGGAGUGAUGGUCAGCCACCGUAGUGGUGAGACAGAAGAUAAUUUCAUCGCUGAUCUUGCUGUUGGCUUGGCAAGUGGACAGAUUAAAACUGGAGCUCCCUGCCGUAGUGAGCGGUUGGCCAAGUAUAAUCAGCUUUUGCGGAUCGAAGAGGAGCUUGGAAAUGUGCGCUAUGCUGGGGAAGCAUUCAGAUCUCCGUGAAAAGACCAAUGAUAGGCAGAUUACAUCUUGAAGAAAAAUAAGGUACUAAAUCAAAAUGAUCCAAAAUGGAGUUUUAUGUACCACGGAAAUGACAAUUUUGUAGAUCUCUUCUUUUUUUUUUUUCUGAGAUGAACUUUAGUAUGUGCAUCUGUUGCUCUGAGUAUUCAAAAACCCUUUUCUUCAGGGGUCUGGUGGAGGGACCCAGGACUUUGUACUAUUUCUGAUACUUCAUUACGAUUGCAAGGAGUGAAGUUUGGAUAGUAUUAUAUGCUAUAUGCUAUAUUCUCAUUUCA